AUGGUGUUGAAGCCGUUUCCAUCUCUCUGUGGCCUGGCAGCUGUGGCCUGUCAGCUGUGGCCUGGCAGCUGUGGCCUGGCAGCUGUGGUCUGGCAGCUGUGGCCUGGCAGCUGUGGUCUGGCAGCUGUGGCCUGGCAGCUGUGGUCUGGCAGCUGUGGCCUGGCAGCUGUGGCCUGGCAGCUGUGGCCUGUCAGCUGUGGCCUGGCAGCUGUGGUCUGGCAGCUGUGGUCUGGCAGCUGUGGCCUGGCAGCUGUGGCCUGGCAGCUGUGGCCUGGCAGCUGUGGCCUGGCAGCUGUGGCCUGGCAGCUGUGGCCUGUCAGCUGUGGUCUGGCAGCUGUGGCCUGGCAGCUGUGGCCUGGCAGCUGUGGCCUGGCAGCUGUGGCCUGUCAGCUGUGGUCUGGCAGCUGUGGCCUGUCAGCUGUGGCCUGGCAGCUGUGGCCUGGCAGCUGUGGCCUGGCAGCUGUGGCCUGUCAGCCUGUGGCCUGGCAGCUGUGGCCUGUCAGCUGUGGUCUGGCAGCUGUGGCCUGGCAGCUGUGGCCUGGCAGCUGUGGCCUGGCAGCUGUGGCCUGGCAGCUGUGGUCUGGCAGCUGUGGCCUGGCAGCUGUGGCCUGGCAGCUGUGGCCUGUCAGCUGUGGUCUGGCAGCUGUGGCCUGGCAGCUGUGGCCUGGCAGCUGUGGCCUGGCAGCUGUGGCCUGUCAGCUGUGGUCUGGCAGCUGUGGCCUGUCAGCUGUGGCCUGGCAGCUGUGGCCUGGCAGCUGUGGCCUGGCAGCUGUGGCCUGUCAGCUGUGGCCUGGCAGCUGUGGCCUGGCAGCUGUGGCCUGGCAGCUGUGGCCUGGCAGCUGUGGCCUGGCAGCUGUGGCCUGUCAGCUGUGGCCUGGCAGCUGUGGUCUGGCAGCUGUGGCCUGGCAGCUGUGGUCUGGCAGCUGUGGCCUGGCAGCUGUGGCCUGGCAGCUGUGGCCUGGCAGCUGUGGCCUGGCAGCUGUGGCCUGUCAGCUGUGGUCUGGCAGCUGUGGCCUGGCAGCUGUGGCCUGGCAGCUGUGGCCUGGCAGCUGUGGUCUGGCAGCUGUGGCCUGUCAGCUGUGGUCUGGCAGCUGUGGCCUGUCAGCUGUGGCCUGGCAGCUGUGGCCUGGCAGCUGUGGCCUGGCAGCUGUGGCCUGUCAGCUGUGGCCUGGCAGCUGUGGCCUGUCAGCUGUGGUCUGGCAGCUGUGGCCUGGCAGCUGUGGCCUGGCAGCUGUGGCCUGGCAGCUGUGGCCUGGCAGCUGUGGCCUGGCAGCUGUGGCCUGGCAGCUGUGGCCUGUCAGCUGUGGCCUGGCAGCUGUGGCCUGGCAGCUGUGGCCUGUCAGCUGUGGCCUGGCAGCUGUGGUCUGGCAGCUGUGGCCUGGCAGCUGUGGCCUGUCAGCUGUGGCCUGGCAGCUGUGGUCUGGCAGCUGUGGCCUGGCAGCUGUGGCCUGGCAGCUGUGGCCUGGCAGCUGUGGCCUGGCAGCUGUGGCCUGGCAGCUGUGGCCUGUCAGCUGUGGUCUGGCAGCUGUGGCCUGGCAGCUGUGGCCUGGCAGCUGUGGCCUGUCAGCUGUGGUCUGGCAGCUGUGGCCUGUCAGCUGUGGCCUGGCAGCUGUGGCCUGGCAGCUGUGGCCUGGCAGCUGUGGCCUGUCAGCUGUGGCCUGGCAGCUGUGGCCUGUCAGCUGUGGUCUGGCAGCUGUGGCCUGGCAGCUGUGGCCUGGCAGCUGUGGCCUGGCAGCUGUGGCUGGCAGCUGUGGCUGGCAGCUGUGGCCUGGCAGCUGUGGCCUGGCAGCUGUGGCCUGGCAGCUGUGGUCGCAGCUGUGGCCUGGCAGCUGUGGCCUGGCAGCUGUGGCCUGGCAGCUGUGGCCUGUCAGCUGUGGUCUGGCAGCUGUGGCCUGUCAGCUGUGGCCUGGCAGCUGUGGCCUGGCAGCUGUGGCCUGGCAGCUGUGGCCUGUCAGCUGUGGCCUGGCAGCUGUGGCCUGGCAGCUGUGGCCUGGCAGCUGUGGCCUGGCAGCUGUGGCCUGCAGCUGUGGCCUGGCAGCUGUGGUCUGGCAGCUGUGGCCUGGCAGCUGUGGCUGGCAGCUGUGGCCUGGCAGCUGUGGCCUGGCAGCUGUGGCCUGGCAGCUGUGGCCUGGCAGCUGUGGCCUGGCAGCUGUGGCCUGUCAGCUGUGGUCUGGCAGCUGUGGCCUGGCAGCUGUGGCCUGGCAGCUGUGGUCUGGCAGCUGUGGCCUGUCAGCUGUGGUCUGGCAGCUGUGGCCUGUCAGCUGUGGCCUGGCAGCUGUGGCCUGGCAGCUGUGGCCUGGCAGCUGUGGCCUGUCAGCUGUGGCCUUGCAGCUGUGGCCUGUCAGCUGUGGUCUGGCAGCUGUGGCCUGGCAGCUGUGGCCUGGCAGCUGUGGCCUGGCAGCUGUGGCCUGGCAGCUGUGGCCUGGCAGCUGUGGCCUGUCAGCUGUGGCCUGGCAGCUGUGGCCUGGCAGCUGUGGCCUGGCAGCUGUGGCCUGGCAGCUGUGGUCUGGCAGCUGUGGCCUGGCAGCUGUGGCCUGUCAGCUGUGGCCUGGCAGCUGUGGUCUGGCAGCUGUGGCCUGGCAGCUGUGGCCUGUCAGCUGUGGCCUGGCAGCUGUGGCCUGGCAGCUGUGGCCUGUCAGCUGUGGCCUGGCAGCUGUGGCCUGGCAGCUGUGGCCUGGCAGCUGUGGCCUGGCAGCUGUGGUCUGGCAGCUGUGGCCUGGCAGCUGUGGCCUGGCAGCUGUGGUCCGAGGUGGAGUCAUAAGAUCAUCAUGUGUGUGUUUCUGA